AAAUGCGAGCGAAGAUUAAAAGGAACUCUAUCCAUGACUAACAAUCCAAAAUACAGAGAAUGGAUAAAGGGACAUGGCAUUGAGAACGUAAAUGAGAUAUUAAGUAGAAAUGAUUACCAUUCGCCAGAGAAAAGUGAUCCAGAGAAUGAUCCUAAUUCUUCUAUAGAAUGCAAGCGACUUUUAGUAUAUAAGCCAUCCUGGAGAACUGAAAAA